AGCUACGAUGUUUAGAUAACAGGUACAUUUCCCUGUAAAACAGCUCCAAUAUGAACAGCACUACUUUUACUACUGACGCCUCAUCCACAGACCUCUCUACUUCACUUAGUGUGCUAUCAAACACGUUAGCGAACGAGUCAAACCCGGAACAUGCGCGCACUAUCAUUGAGAAGCAGCAGCUGGUACACCAGUGUGAGAUGAUGAAGAUAGAGAUAGCACAGAAACAUCAGCAGAUAAUGGACACAAGAGCACAGUACGAAUCUCGUGCAGAGGAGCUGGAAGAGCAGCUACAUUCUGCGCGCCAUGCGCAUCAAGUCGUGCAGUUCAAAUUAAACAGUGCACUUGAUCAGCACAGUAAGGAACUCAAAACUGCUCAGGAAGCGAACAGUGACCAGAUUGUUAUGUUACGAAGAAAACAAGCAGAGAUAGAAACACUGCUCCCUUCUUUGCAAGUCAAGUCAGCUGAUAUUAGAAACACCUUACUUAACGUACAUGUUACUGAUACUAUGUACCAACACCUGGCGAUAAAGCAACGGGAGACUUUGACAAUGAAGGAACUUAUACAAGUUUCCUUCUACGAGUUCCAGUUACCUUUACAGAAGAGACUGGAGGAGAUGAGCAGUAAACUGAAGACUCAUCAGGAACAAUAUGAUAUCUCCAAGAAAGAGGUGAAGAUAUUGGACAAUAAUUUGACAAUAGAGAAGCAGAAUAAAGUUGAGUUGGAAACAGAGAACUCUAGUCUCAGACAGAAGAUUGACUUGCUCACUCACCAACUUAAUCCAUCUCACAAAGCGAACUAUAAGAACGUGCUAGCGAAGAACAUAGAGUUAGAGAGUGUAAACAAACAGUUGCUUACUGGGAACACUUAUUUGAAGGCGGAAGUAGCAGCCCUGACAGAAGAGCAGAAGAAAAACAACUCCACAUUCAGUGCACUGCGCCAGGAGUCAGCGCUGCUAAAUCAAGACAAACAGUACUUGACGCGCGAGAACGCGGAGUUAACCUCACGAGCACAUCGCACUGAGGAGAAACUUGAUAAUCUGACUGUGGAGUUGAACAGUGCUAAGCGGGCUAGAGAUAAGGUGUACGAGGAGUUAGUGAAUGUAAGACAGAGUGUGACUCAUGAACACGAACAGAAAGUGCAAACAGAAAUAGAUCUGCUAAAACAGAAAACAGGAAGUGAGAUUGAGCAUCUCCGCAUCACUGCACAACAGGUGUACGAACGAGAAAAGCAAUUACUAAUCGACAGUCGCGAAGCAGCAGUCAGUGACCGUAACGAUGCGCUCCGCAAAAACCGCGACCUACAAGACAAAUACGAGGAUAUCUCCGGAAGCUAUCAUUCUUACCAAACUGUCACAAACACCAAACUCGCGGAGAUUAAGAACACGUUAAAACUAAAAGAGUUUGAGCUGGAGAGAAUUAAUCUGCUCUACGGUGAAGUGAGCGGGAAAUACAACGGAAGCGCUAAGGAAAAUGAUAAGAUAGCUAAGAAACUUGAGGUUUUGUUGGAUGAAUACAACUCAAACAGAUGUGAUCAUGUGAACGAAGUCAACACACUGACUCUAAAAGUUCGCACACUUCAAAAUGAGUUAUCAACUCUGAAAAUCGGAGAUGAGGGUAUCAAAGAUCUGAUUCAGGUUUUGGGAAGCGAAAAUAUCUCUUGUAACAAAGAGCAUCUUGCUAGAAAGUUGGUUGAACUAUCCAAGAACAACGAACUGCUGAAAGAAAGUCUCGCUGCUAAAAGUCGUGUUCUAGAAAAGACACUGAGAACUUGUGAGGAGUUGCAAUCAGCUCUGCAUCACUCAAACCAGCCUUCAAGCUACUUAGUGGAGAGCAUCAAGAAAAGGGAUCAACAGAUAUCAAAAUUCAAAACGGAACUCUUGAACUUAUCAGCUAGUGUUAAGAAACUUGGCCAAGAAAACAAAUCUUUGGUGGCAGACAAAGAGCAGUUGACUCUUGAUUUGGAGAGAGCGUUGAAAAAUAAAGAAAAAAUUGCUGAUUUAAAAUCUAUGGUAGAGAAAAAAAUGACAAUGACAGAUAAAAAUCAGCCAAAACCCGUCGUUUUUACUAAGAAAUAAUCACCAUGCUAUUUUCAUCCUAUUUAAGUAUUUAGCAUUAUACUUCAAUUUAUCUUGGUGAUCGUGAUAUAAUUUGAAAUUUUUUCCAGAUAUUUUUAGCUUGACACUUUCAUAAAUUGACAAUCAGAUCAAUCACUUAUAAGAUAACAAUAUGCUGUCAGAUGAAAUAAUUUAUCUCAUGUUAUUGUUAUGUAAAUAUAUUGUAAAUUAUACUUUUAACUAUUUAUUAAUGUUGGUAAUCACACGU